AUGGUGGAGGCCAUGGCAGAGGACAUGAACGUUCCUCUUCUGGAAGAAGACCACCUCGUUGUCAAAUAUGUUGCGAGGAGGGGCAUUUCGCAGACCGUUGCCAGCAAUGCUAAGAGCGCCAUGGUCCAACCUCAGAAGCUCAGCAACAACUCCUCAUUUCUUGACAACUUUACUCGUAAGCUCAAUUCUGAGUUCGCUACUAAGGAUCUAGGCUCUCUUAGCUACUUCCUUAGUCUUGAAGCUACAUCUACUACUGAUGACCCUACACUUCACAGAUCUCUUGUGGGUGCUCUCCAAUACUUGACCAUUACCCAUCAUGAUAUUGCUCAUGCUGUCAAUUCCGUCAGUCAAUUUCUACACUCUCCAAUUGAAGCUCACUUUCAGGCUAUCAAGCGCAUUCUUCUCUAUGCAGGAUGUCCUUAUCCUCGUCGCUCUACGUCGGGCUAUUCUAUUUAUCUUGGUGGAAAUUUGGUCUCUUGGAGCGCCAAGAAGCAACCCACAGUUUCUCGAUCCAAUUAUGAAUCUGAAUAUCGCGCCCUGGCCCUCGCUGCCUUUGAAAUUCUCUAG